CACGCCAGCCGGGGCCGCCCGCGGAGCAUGCGGGCCGGGCCCGCGCGCCCAUGAGACGAGAAUGGGGACGCAGGGCAGCCCGGUGAAGAGCUACGACUACCUGCUCAAGUUUCUGCUGGUGGGCGAUAGCGACGUGGGCAAGGGCGAGAUCCUGGAGAGCCUGCAGGACGGCGCCUCCGAGUCGCCCUACGCUUACAGCAACGGCAUUGACUACAAAACCACCACCAUCCUGCUGGACGGCCGCCGAGUGAAGCUGGAGCUCUGGGACACCUCGGGCCAGGGCAGAUUCUGCACCAUCUUCAGGUCCUACUCCCGCGGCGCGCAGGGCAUCCUCCUAGUGUACGACAUCACUAACCGCUGGUCCUUUGACGGCAUCGACCGGUGGAUCAGGGAGAUUGAUGAGCACGCACCCGGGGUCCCCCGGAUCCUGGUGGGGAACCGGCUGCACCUGGCCUUCAAGCGGCAGGUGCCCACAGAGCAGGCGCGCGCCUACGCCGAGAAGAACUGCAUGACCUUCUUUGAGGUCAGCCCGCUGUGCAACUUCAACGUGACCGAGUCCUUCACGGAGCUCUCGCGCAUCGUGCUCAUGCGCCACGGCAUGGAGAAGAUCUGGAGGCCCAACCGAGUGUUCAGUCUGCAGGACCUGUGCUGCCGUGCCAUCGUGUCCUGUACGCCGGUCCACCUCAUCGACAAGCUCCCGCUGCCCGUCACCAUUAAGAGCCACCUCAAGUCCUUCUCCAUGGCCAACGGCAUGAACGCCGUCAUGAUGCACGGCCGCUCCUACUCGCUGGCGGGCGGGGGCGGGGGCGGGGGCAGCAAGGGCAGCAGCCUCAAACGCUCCCGCUCUUCCGCCCCUCCCAGAGCCUCCCCCCAGAACUGCUCCCGCAGCAACUGUAAGAUCUAGGGACGGCUCGGCAGGGUCAGCAGCGCUGGUUGGCACAGGCAAAGUGGGGGCGCCCAGCGGGCCCCGGCUGCUGUCUCUCAGAAACAUGUGGCCUAGUUAUGUACAUUUUUAAGGGGUGUCAGGGAGGCCAGGGGUGGCUGUGUCCACCAUGAGGACCUACUGUGGACAGUUGGGAGCCGGAAGCCCAGAUGGAAGAUGGGACUUCGGACUUGUUUUGUGUCCACAUCGCAGGGCACAGGGCCUGCCCAGACCCAGUGGGAGCUAUGAGGGAGGGGGUCGCCCUCAGCUGGGCCAGAGUCAGUCAGCUGACCCCAGCGUGGGCCCCAGCCAGCAUUCAGGCAACACUGUGUGCCUGCCUGUUCCAAUCCCAUGGUGGCCAUUCCCAAGAGGCUGUGGCACCUUACCCCUAGUGCCAGCGCACCCCUGCCCCUCCCUGUCACUCCCCCUGGAGCAAGAGGCGGAGUGCGCACUGCAGGUGGAUGCAGGGUUCCGGGUGCCAUCAACUGUGGGACCCUCCAGGCAGCAGCCGCUGUCCAGACUCUGGUACACCGUGACCACCCCUCUCCACAGGGUUACCCACAGAGCGGCCUCUGCUCUGGGGGAGGGGAGGGCAGGUCAGGCACGCUGCUGGAGGCCCAGCUGGACCUGCCUCUCCCCCUUGUCCCCCUCGCUGGGCAACAUGAUGGUCACACUGGUGCUCAACUCUACCUCCUGCCUUGUGCCCCUUGCCUGUCUGGGACAUUUUGGGUGGCUGAGCCUUGCUGGCCUGUGGACCUAUCCCUAGGCUUCCACCCUGCUCGCCCUGCAGGCCCCUUCCUGGGAGUUAGUUGGGCAGAACCCCUCGCAGCCGCACUUGCAUUGACACUACCUUCGCGGCUGCUGGCAUGGCCAUGCCUAUGUCUUCUCCCCACGAACCAUUUCUAUUUCUUUGUACAGUAAAUGUAAGUCGACGGUGACACUGCUUCCUUUGUGUAAAUUAAAGUCUGGUUUUAAAUCUC